GAAGUCUAUUUUGGAUGUAUUUAUACCAUGCUGCAUUGACCCACUUUAGAGAGAGAGAGAGUGAGAGAAAGAGAUAGAGAGAGAGCAGCACAUAUCAAAUGAUGAACAUGGGUUGGAGGUCAUCAUCACCCCUAUCUGAUCUUCUAUUUCUGAGGAGAUAUAUCUGAUCUUUCUUCCUAGGAAGGUUUUUCAUGGCAUACCAUGUUGGCUUAUUAAGAGAACAAGUCUGAGGAAAAUAGGCCACUCCUUAAUUCUCUCCUCCUUCCAUCACCUACUACCAUCGUCUAGUUCCCUCCACCACCACACCAACAACACCACCACCAACAACACAAAUUCCUCUGCUUUUGCUCAACAGUCACAUAGUCCACUCGUCUAUAACUGGAUUGGAUAUUGAUGUUCUUGCAGUAGAAGCUUUAGCUUACAAGCAAAAGCAAUAUAUUAUUAUAAAUAGCAAGAAGAAGAUUUGUCUCUCAUGGCUCGAGAACACUGUGAAGAUAAAUCCGGGAAUAUGGUAUCUUCAGCUGGCUUUUGUUACUCAGAUGUUUCAUCUAGUAACCCAACUAUUCAGACUCAUCUAGUGAAUCAGAUCCAUGGCUAUGAGUCCAACCAGGAGAUCUUCAACUUGACCACUGGCAUGGAGAUGAUAGGGUUUUCAAAGAAUCUACAGCAACAAAGUGAUAGUAACUCAGUCAUGUGGAAAGGGUUCUAUGGGAAGUCUCAAAGCCAUGCCGGUCCAUCCUCUUCAAAGACCAUCAAUGAGUCCACUAGUGAUUUCUAUCAGCAUGAGUUCAAUAAGUCUGAUUUCACAACUGGGAUUUCUGAAACAAGUAGUGAGAACCUAAUAGUUGGAGCACACGACAAUACUGGCGCUUGGCAAGAGAAUAGAUUGCUUGUUGAUGAUUCUUUGAGGUGUGUGUUUCCUUGUGAAGGAAAUGAAAGGCCAAGUCAGGGUCUUUCACUCUCUCUUUCUUCAAGCAAUCCUUCAACUAUAGGGUUACAAUCUUUUGAGCUAAGGCACACUAAUCAUCACAAUCAAGGUGAACAAGAUGAUAUGAGGUUUAUUGCUUCGAGUUCUAGAGAUGGGUUUUAUGGGAAAUCAUCAAACAUUCAACAACAACAAAUGAUGCAAGAUGUGUUUUUGGGAAAAGCUACAAAUCAUCACGAGGGACAGUUCCAGCUCAGGAACUCAAAGUUCUUGGCCCCUACACAGGAACUUUUGAAUGAGUUCUGUUGUAGCCUCGGAACAAAGCAAACUGAUCAACAAAAGCAAAAGUCCCACAAAGCCAAGCAAUGGGAAGAGGAUAAUGGCAGUAGUUCUUCCAGAAAGCAAGCUCUUUACUCACUUGAAUACAUGGAAUUGCAGAAAAGAAAAACAAAACUGCUUUCAAUGCUUGAAGAGGUGGACAGAAGGUACAGGAACUAUUGUAAUCAAAUGAAGGCCGUGGUGUCAUCCUUUGAAGCUGUGGCUGGUCAUGGUGCUGCCACGGUCUACUCAGCUUUGGCUUCAAAGGCCAUGUCAAGGCAUUUUAGAUGCUUGAAAGAUGGGAUUGUGAGUCAGAUUCAGGCUACCAAGAAAGCCAUGGGAGAGAAAGAUCCUGUUGCUCCAGGCACAACCAAAGGAGAAACACCAAGGCUACGUAUUCUUGAUCAGACACUGAGGCAACAAAGGGCUUUUCAGCAAAUGAGCAUGAUGGAAAGCCAUCCAUGGAGACCCCAACGUGGCCUUCCUGAACGAUCUGUUUCUGUCCUCCGAGCUUGGCUUUUCGAACACUUUCUCCACCCGUACCCAAGCGAUGUUGAUAAACAUAUCUUAGCCCGCCAAACUGGUCUCUCAAGAAGCCAGGUAUCCAAUUGGUUCAUUAAUGCAAGGGUGAGGCUGUGGAAACCUAUGGUCGAAGACAUGUACUUAGAAGAGCUAAAAGAGAGAGAAAACAACAUGACUUCCUCAGAUGGGGUUACUAAUCUCGAUGAGAAUGGCCGGCAAAAUCCAAACCCACCUCCAACACGCCCUGAGGAUCAAAAACCUACACAAGACCAACUUGUCAGAAUUGACUCUGAGUGCCUAUCAUCCAUCAUCACUAAUCCAGAUAAGAAUGACUCUAAAACCAGUAAAACACACCAAAACCACCACAUGCAACAACAACAACAUAGUUUUGGGAGGGUUGCAGCUGAGACAUAUGGGGCAAUGGAGCUGGACUUUUCGUCUUAUAAUCACCAGUCAGCUGGUGGUGGUGGUGCAGUUUCUUAUCCUAGUGACAGUAAUGCUAAUCAGAAUAACUUCAAUGGUGGUGGUGGUGGUGGUGGAGUGUCUUUGACAUUAGGGUUGCAACAGCAUGGUGGGAGUGGUGUGAGCUUAGCCUUCUCACCCGCCUCUCAGAACUCUCUGUUCUAUGCAAGAGACCACAUUGAAGAUUGCCAACCAGUUCAGUACUCGCUUUUAGAUGGUGAAGGUCAGAAUCUACCAUACAGAAAUUUGAUGGGUGCACAGUUGCUCCAUGACUUGGCUGGAUAGAAUGCAAAAUGCUAAUCAAAGUGCAUGGGAUGGUGAUGUCGGCCAAAAUUUCUUAUCAAAGGCUGAUCAUGAAUUGGUGAUGGUCGAUGAGUAGUUUUAGGUACAGAUAAAUACUUCAUACAUACAUAAAGCAAUACUUGGUUAGAUAAUAGUAUGAAUAUGAUAAUUACUUUCAUGGCUCAGUAAUUUUUCAGAAACCUUUUUUUGGGGGGAUUGUAAGAACAUGUUUAUUUAUUACCUUUAGGCUAAUUUGAAAUUGCUGGUGAUUGAUGCAUGGUUAUACAUAUAUUUAUUUCCUCUUUUGGGCA